UUUCCGUACCCACUGUAUCUCACUCCUUCAAAUAACGGAUAGGAUUCCUCUUUUGGCUCUACUGGGUUGUGCUAGGUGAGUGCAGCAAUCAUUUUCCGUGCAUACACUCGAUGAAGAGAAGCCAGAAAUCCACAAAUCUGAAAUACUCUCUAAAACAAAAUGUAAAUUAUAUGUAAGAAUAGAGUACACUGACAAGCAACUCAGACUACAUUGUAUUGGGUUGAUUAAUAUUCAGUCAUUCUGCAGCUUUUUGAUCCUCAACCACAUCUAAUGAUAAAGCUUAAAUAUCAAUAGUCAUCUUAUUACCUGGUUGAAGCUUUGGGAAAGACCUGAAGACAUCACGAUCUGUCCUGAUGUAACGUUCAAUGCAAACACUAAAACAUGUUCUGUGUCAAACCACAACGACCUUAUGUUGUAUAUUAGUAAUUAUAAACUUAAACAGACUUUGUGCUGAUAUCGUUUCCAAGGAAAUACAGAAGUUGUGUGUGUUUCCUCCAGACAGGUGAUUCAGAGAGAAUGAUAUGAGGAUGGAUGAUGAUGUAAUGUUCUCCUCUGGCUAUCUGAGUCUGUAUGAUAAUGCUACAUGAAUGCUAAAAGAAUUUAUGUUAAUGUCACAGCUUCCCCACAUGAAGACAUUAUACUUCUACAUAAAUCCACAUUACAGUUACCCCUGGCUCUCCAUUGUAACCCUUUUAAAGCCAACAUAAACUCUCUCAACAUGUGCCAUGACCUGCCUUCUCUCUGUCUGCUUGCAGAUGCAGAUGAAUGUACACUGUUUGGCAAAGAGGUUUGUAAAGGCGGCUUCUGUUUGAAUACUGUUGGCAGCUACGAAUGUUACUGCAAGACGGGACAGGACUACGACGCUGUCAAACUGGAGUGCAGAGACAUCAAUGAGUGUCUGGAUGAGUCGGUGUGUGCCGGUGGACAGUGUUUGAACACAGACGGCUCAUACAUGUGUUUCUGCACACAUCCAAUGGUGUUGGACCCCAACAUUAACAGCUGUGUCUUCAUUCCUGAGGUGGCUGAGCAACAUGAGGCGGAGCAGAUAGACUACCUGGGUAUCUGCUGGCAGACGGUGACAGAAACCAUGGCGUGCACGCAGCCGCUGGGUCCCAACAGGAAGACCACAUACACAGAGUGCUGCUGUCUGCACGGAGAGGCCUGGGGCAUGGACUGUGCCCUGUGUCCACCCAGAAACACCGGUACACACACACACUCCUCUCAUAUAUAGCGUCAGGCCAAGUUCAGAUACACUAUAAUGUAUGUGUGACUUACUGGUGUACCAGUUGUGUUUGAUGAGCAGUGUUUCCAGCACUGACACAAGGGAGCUUACUCAUGUAGGCUGUCGGGCAUUUGAGGUGCCGACGUUUCCAUUACAGAAGGCAACAUCUUCACGUUAAGUUUUAAUAAAGUAAUUGCAAUACAUAGCUCGGAAAUGAAUGUAAGACAGCAAAUAUAAAUAACUGCAAGAUUAUUUGCUGCCAUCAUUAAUAAUAAUAAUAAUAAUACAUCGAUUUUCUAUAGUGCUUUUCAAGAUACCCAAAGACUCUUUACAGGGCAAAGACAAACGGAACAAACAGAACACUUUGGUAUAAAAAAAGAAUAACUGGAGAAGCUGUGCGGAAUGGGAGGGGUAGGGUGCUGUGUUCAUAGUGCGCUCGGCUGACCAGAGGGAGGGGAUGGAAAGAGUGGAGCGAUCAGGCCAGGAGCAAACAAACUUUCUGCGGGAAGCUCCGCGGAUGUACCGGGGCCGACGGAGGACCCCAAGCGUUUUGAUGGCUGAGAUACACGGAGGAGCAGAGAAGUUGUUGAGUUGGAGGAGUUGCGAGGUGGAGUAUUGCAGAACCAUGCCAGCCUGAGGUCUUUUGUCAGUAGUCACGGACCUGAUGACCGGAGUUGGAGAAGUGACAGGCAUGUCAGGAUAAUCCACAACAGGCACCAAAGACCAAGUGUUUGUCUAGAGUCUACCAAACUUCAGCAUUUCUCUUGCUGAGGGUGGAGAUGGCAGCACGGAGACUGUCAAUUGGGAUUUUAACUUUAUUUGAUAUUCGGUUUAAAGUCUCGGAUACACAAAGCAAGCCAAGAAAAACUAAACUGUUUGAUUUGAUGGUAACUAAGCCCUUCUGUGGGAGAUCAGGGAUGCCCAUAUUAAAAAGAUAUAAGAAGUAAGACAAACUUAAUUUAUAUUUUAAAAUUUAAUUUCAUUCGUAUCAUUACUGCUAACAUUCAAACUUGAUGACUUUAUGUUGUACUUGUGAGUGUAACCCUGAAUACAGUGGGUACGGAA